AUGGAAGCCCGUGGCUUGACCCUCCGCAGCAAGACCCGACGGGCUCGCCCUCAGAUCAGCGCUCCCAAACCCAUCUCAGGGCCUCUGCCCCCGAACAACAAGGCCAUUGAUCCAGUGCAGAGUACGACGACUUCGAGCUCCGGUUCUCGCUCCAGGGAACGACCUGCCCCCAAGGAUGCCACCUCCGAUCUGGUAAAACGACGAUACUCGACUCGGUUCAACCAAGCUCCCGACUUCGACCCUAAUGCUCCCCCGGUUCCCAGUCUCCCCAAGGGGCCUGCGUUUGGGGCAUUGGUUCCCCCCGAAGUAAGCAGGCGACCCUCGGGAGAAUCAUCCGGUCCUCCUCAGGUCGAUUUGGAGGCUUUGCGCGACCCUAGUUUGCCCGUCGAUCGAUACGUCGCCAACCUUCUCGCCAACGCGUCCGAAGAGGAGAUCCAAGAGUACCAGAGAAGCCUCCGGAAAGUCAAGAACCGCACCUCGACCGACCUUCAGCAAAAUGUCUACCAAAACCGAACCCAAUUCAUCAAGAUCAGCAAGGAGGCGGAGAAGCUGAAAGGCGAAAUGCGCACGUUACGCACGCUAAUGGCCGAGCUCACAACGGCCCUGGGGCAGACCACUGUCGGCAAUACCCCAAAUCCGAUGUCGCCAAACCCGGACGAGCGCUUACCCAAGCGCAACGCCAACCGCAGCUCGGUCGCGAAUCUCGAAAGCAUGUGGAACGUGCAGCUGCAGACGCUAUGGAAGACGGUUGAGGGCUCCCAGAAAUUUCUUCCGGUGGUCCCCGGUCGGCACAUUGUGAUGGAAACCGGCAAUUGGGUAGAGCUGGACUCUGCCACUUGGAAACCACGCCGACCAGUGCACAUCGUUCUUCUGAACGACCAUCUGUUAGUAGCGGCCAAAAAGCGAAAGCGUGUGGACCAGAGCAACCCGAAUCAUCGCGGCCCUGUUCCAACCAAGCUCGUCGCAGAGGAAUGUUGGGCUCUGCAAGAUGUCGACAUGAUCGACCUCGGUGCUAACCUGGGGACCGGUGCAGCACGCGAGGAAGCCGAGGACCGGGGCAUCGAUAACGCGAUCAACAUCCGCGUCGGAAACAAACCCUUUACAUACCGUCACGACAAGCGGAAUAGCUCCGCAAAGUCUGACUUGCUCGCCACGUUCCGAAAAACCGUCGAGGACUUGCGACGGACCCUCCGUUCGGAGACGGAGGCGGCCAGUCGGGCGAACGACUCCUUUGGUUAUCUCGGGGCACGACAUUCACUGUACUCGCCAAAGCCCGACCGCUAUGACCAUACAGACAAUGACCGGGAUCGGCCAGAAAUUCUCAUAGAUGUGGAUGGAAAGCAGCAGAAUAUGCGAUCGGUGGAGGCUCAAGUGGAUCAACUCGACAUCGAUAUCGCUUUACAGCGGUUCAAAGAAUCGGUCGAGCUGAUCGAAAGGCUUCGGAAGUACGAUUCAAGGGGCAAUGCAGCUGCGCAGGAGGUGAUCAAUGCUAAAGUUGACGAACGCGCGGCCAAGCUGGCCGAGAUGCUUUUGCGAGCUUUGGUCGACACGCACUCCUUCCCAACCGCCACCAAGACCAACGUCGAACGGCUGACUCGACUGGGAUUCGGGGACCAAGCUCGCGAGGCCUAUCUGAAGGCUCGAUCAGACGUGAUUUCGAAGCGUAUUCGGGCCUGCAUCUUCGAAGGCGACCUACCUCUUUACAUCUUCCAGGUCUCGUUUGUUUAUUUCACGCUCAUCAAGAACACGAUCAGUAUCUAUCGAGACUGCUUCCCUACCGUUAUGACCAGCGCAUGCAUCAAAUGGGCCAAACACCACCUGGACGGGUUCAACGCGCUGCUCACUCGCCAGCUGAGCAGCGUGCAGCGCGGCACUACCGUGUGGCAGAAAUGCAUCGACAUCGUCCACGAGCAAGCCGGCCUUCUCAACGAGGUUGAUGUUGACUUUACGGAUCUUGUCGCGCGGGGUCUAGAGUUGAACGGCGAUGAGCACCACCACCGGCCGACGAUGACGCGCUCGGAGUCGCUCAUCUCGGGACUGGCAGAUGCAGCAGCCGCCGUGCCUGACUAUUGA